GUUAUUCGUUAGUUUCGUCUUCUUCAACCUCAGGUUAGUCGAGCUUUUCACUUUUGGCGCUCUGUGCUGACUCGUGAGUCUGAAAAGCCAAAAGUGCAGUUCUAGGGUUUGGUGGUGAAGAACGGUACAGAACAUAGAAUGGGGAAGAAAGGAGGUAGAAGUUAUCAGAAGAAAGACGUCGAAAGCUCUAAAACAAGUUCGCGAUACAAGCGUGAUGCUUUUUCUAGUGAUGACAUGGACGACGAGAUUGAUGCAUUUCAUAAGCAGAGGGACAUUAUCCCCCUUGACAUAAAUGAUGAUGCUGGAGAAUCUGAUGAAGAUGAGGAGCUCCCUAUUUUCGAUGUUAAGGAUGUUGACGAAGAUGAAGAUGAUGAUGAUGAUGAUGACAGCAAUGAUGAAUAUGACGAAGAUGAUGACGAUGAUGUGGCAAAAAUGAUUAGGCAAAGGAAAUAUUUACGUGCAAAGUUUGGUGAAGCUGAGGAUGAAAUGCAUGAUGAUGAUGAUGAAGAAGAUGAGGAAGAUUAUAAACCUAUUUUGGGUGGGAAAAGAUUCUCACAUGGUGCUGAGAAUCGUAAUUUUGAGCUACAAUCAAGUGAUGAUGAGGCCCCAAAAGAAGAGGAAGAAUUGGCAUUGCAAAUACAAAGGGAGAAGGCAAAAUCUUUAACAAUGGAAGACUAUGACCUUGUGGAUAUAAGUGAAGACAAAGAUAAUGAGAAAUUAACAAUGAAGGAUGCAUCAGAUAAAGGCAAUGAAGCAAUAAAGUCACUGGAUAGAGAUAUAAGUUUCAAUGUGGAUGAUCUGAAUGCUUUGUCAAAGGAGGAGCAAAUGAAUAUCUUACAUAGGUCUGCUCCAGAGUUACUUGGCUGGUUAUCAGAACUAAAUGAAGCACACAAACAGCUUGAAUGUGUAAUUAAGCCAUUUUUUAACAAGAUUAACAAGGGGGAAAUAGUUAUGGAAGAAGGAGUGCGAUAUUUUGAGUUGAAGCAGCUUAUUUUGCUGUCCUAUUGCCAAGCUAUAACCUUCUACCUUCUCCUCAAGUCUGAAGGGCAGCCAGUCCAAGAUCAUCCUGUAAUAGCUCGCCUUGAAGAGAUCAAGAAAUUAUUGGAUCAGAUAAAACAACUUGACACAAAACUUCCUGUUGAUUUUGAGGACAUUAUUAAAGGAAAUAAUGGGUUAGAAAGAGUAGUUAAGUCAGAUAAUGAUAAUGCUCCCUCAACAAAUGACUCUAUCACUAAAAUCCAAGAGCCACCUCUUGUCUCUGCUAGAUCGCCUGAAGAAAAAGUGCCUAACAAUGAAGGUGAGAUGCAAAAAAUAGAAUCCUCAAAGGAUGGUGUACAGAAAACAGGAGAAGUUAAACAUCAGAAGGAUCACAUUGGUGUACAGAGUUUGGAAAUGCUAAAAGUUAGAGCUUCCCUUGAGGAAAAACUGAAACAAAAGGGUCUGUAUAGCUCCAUUGCUCCAAAGCCUAGUAAAGCAGUAAAGCGAUUGAGACCAGUUAAUGGCCAGCUUGAAACAUAUGAUGAUUUUGAUGACGAUGUUGUGGAUGCUAAGGGGGAAGCUGGAUUGGUUAAUGGUCUUGGCUCUAGUAAAGUUUCACAACUCCUUAAUGCUAUGAAGAAACGCAAGGUGGUUUCUGGUGAUGAUGAUUUACCAAAGAGAGAUGAUAUUGGUGAAAGACGAAGGAAACAUGAGCUUCAGGUGUUGGCUGGGGCUGGAAUUAAGACUGAGGAUGACGAUGAUGAUGGUGAUGAUCAGAUGGGUGAUCUUGAACCUAAUGACAUUACCGAUGAAGAGGAUGGUAUAGAAAGCGGGGACUCGGAAAAUGAAUUUUACAAACAAGUGGAAGAACUGGGAGCUGCCAAACUGGCUGCAAAAGCUCCGACAUACUCUAGGAGCACUUCCGUCACCACUUUGCCAGAGAUUACUGUAGAUGGAAAGCGUCAAAUAUCUUCUCAGAUGGAGAAGAACAGGGGAUUAACUCGAAAUCGCAACAAGGCAAAAAAGAAUCCCAGGAAGAAUUACAAGCUCAAGCAUCAAAAAGCUGUUAAGAAUCGCAAAGGACAGGUUCGGAGUAUCAAGAGGCCCACGGCUCCAUAUGGUGGGGAAGCCUCUGGAAUUAAUGCAAGUAUCAGUAGAAGCAUCAGAUUCAAGAGCUGAUAUUGUCAAUGAACUUUCCGGUAUCGUGCUAAAGUUAUUCAAUUUUGAUUCAUUUACGUAGAUGGAAAUAUUUUGUUUGACUUUUAUUGCAACGGUGGAAGUAUAACCUUGUGCAAUUAUUGAGUGAGAAAUUAGCAUAUUUGGCGUAUAAAUUUUUGCAAAUUUGCAAGUUUUUGUCCCAAUUUUUUCAGAGUAAUGUGAUAUUUUUACUAGU